AUGUGGGCUGCUAAAAGUGUCUCCGGUGUGGCGUUGCCAUUUACCGCGAGUGCUAGUCUUGAUCGAUUCGGUUCGAGUACCACGCUAAGAGCUUGGACUGUUGUCACAUUCGUGAAGACUGUCUUGUCACUCCCCUUUAUGAAGCCUCGGAUCCCAGUCUCGCCCUCUGCAUCUCCUCGCCGACUUGAUCUCAGGUUCCUCAAGCUGAGCAGUUUCUGGGUGCUUCAAACUGGCAACAUCAUCCAAGGGUUUGGAUAUUUCUUGCCGUCAACAUACCUGCCCUCCUAUUCCACAACAACAGUGCCAAUGGGUACGAUGCUCAUUGCCCUUUUCAGCGGGACUUCGAUAUUUGGUGGCAUAGUUAUUGGGUGGCUCUGUGACCGGUUUGCUAUCAACAACGUUCUCCUGUUCUCCUCUGUUGGGUCCGCGUUGUCUGUCUUUCUGUUCUGGGGGUUGGCUUCUGCAGGCCAGUCAUCGCCCAACACUGCCUUAACAUUGCUAACCCUGUUCUCUGUAUCCUAUGGUUUCUUUGCUGGUGGAUUUAGUUCGACAUGGUCUGGAGUCAUCACCCAUAUUAAGCGGGAUUCUUCUUCCUCUUCCAUGGACACUGGCUUCGUAUUUGGUCUCCUGGCUGGUGGACGGGGGGUUGGAAACGUGCUGGGUUCAGUCGGGGCAGCCCGUGCUCAUGAGGCCACUGGUUAUGGUACUCGAUAUGGGACGCUUAUCAUAUUUACUGGUGUGACAGCCCUUUUCGGCGCCUGA